AUGUUGGGCUGGUGCCAAGCGAUAGCUCGUAAUCCUCACAGACUCCCAAACAGCACAAGAACCCCCGAGGUCACAGGUGAUGCUUCACAUAUUUCUGCCUUGAAUGAGAAAUCUCCAGGGCGUUCAACAAGUCGAUCAAGUAACAUUUCAAAGGCAAGCAGUCCUACCACAGGGACAGCUCCCAGGAGCCAAUCACGGUUAUCUGUCUGCCCUUCUACUCAGGACAUCUGUAGAUCUUCCACUUUGCAUGACAUAUCAGAAGAUACAUUUGAAACAUCAACCCAUGUCAUAGGGCUGAGUUCUGCUAAGAAAGAGCAUGUUAAAAAAGUGAAACAAGGUGUUAGGCAGAGAAAGAAGGCUGAGGAGAAUUAUGAGGAUACAGUAAAGCAAAGAAAAGACAAGACUGUCAAGUCACAUCCCAAAAUCACAAAUCCUCGAUGGAAUGCCUUAUGCAAAGCAACAUCUGAUUCAUCAUCAUCAGAUGAAAAUUAUUGGGCCCUAGUUAGAAAAAGAGAAAGAGCCAAAAUGCUUAGAAGAAUGAGAAGACACAACCCUUCAAAUAUUUCUGCAGAUGAGCAUUGCAAUAAGAAUGCUAUUGAACUUGUCACCAUGGGAAUAACUGGAGAAAAGAAGUCUGAGCCCGAAAGCUAUAAUCUAAAUAAUCCUAGGAGGAAGAUUACAAGGUAUAAAGAAAACUGUCCCUCGUCAUCUUCUGUGUCCUCUGUGGAACCCAGCUCCUUGAAGCGAACUGAAAAGCACCAGAGCAGCCAUCAGGAUCCAGAGCCUUCAGCUUACAUUAGGCAAGGCAGAAUAAGCAAGGAGGAAAGUGGUUCCAAGGGAGGCCCAAGCAGUGAACUUUUUUCAGUUCCAGGAAAUGGAACACCUGCUGAGACAGGGACUUCUGUGACCGUGGCUGUUCAGAAACAUCCUGCACUUUAUGACGACUUGUCUGAGGAUUUUGAAGUAUGCAGGAUCUGUCACUGUGAGGGAGAUGAUGAAAGCCCCCUCAUCACGCCAUGUCGCUGCACAGGGACCCUACGUUUUGUUCAUCAGGCUUGUCUACAUCAGUGGAUUAAGAGCUCAGACACACGUUGCUGUGAACUCUGCAAGUAUGACUUCAUAAUGGAGACUAAACUCAAACCUCUCCGAAAG